GAGGAUUAGGAAAGUAAUCUGAUGCUGUGUCCUUAUUCUUUUCCUCUUCCUUAAAUUUUUUAAUAGAACAAUGGAAAUAAAAUACAGUAAUCAAAAUAAAAACUACGGUUGUAUGAAAUUGAAUUAAGAAGAAAUGGAAAGCGAACUUGGCUUCUUGGUUUCUGUUCUGAUCAUAUGUGCAGACAUUACAGCUACAGUCCUCGGAAUCGAAGCCGAGAUUGCUCAAAGCAAGCAACAUCAUCAUCAACAACAACAACACUCAAGACAUUCGGAUUAUAGAUGUCGAAGAAACCCAAGCUCUGGAGCUUUUGCUGAGGGAGCAGCUGCAAUUGUGCUUCUGUGUAUUGUCCAUGCCAUGGCCAACGUGCUUGGAGGCUGCACUUACAUCCGCUCUAAGCAAGAUUUCAAGAGAGCAACAGCGAACAAGAUACUCGCCGUCGCUUUCCUUCUUCUCUCCUGGAUCUUCUUUGGUGUCAGCUACUCAACGCUGAUGAUAGGAACAUUGGCCAACUCGAGAUCGAAUAGAUUCUGCAGCUUGCCGAAUCGUUGGUUCUUCCUCAUUGGAGCCAUAUUUUGUCUAGGACAUGGACUGGUUACUUCAGCGUACUAUGUUUCAGCCAUUGCUGCUAAAAAAGAAGACAAAGAGAACUUGCAACAAGAAACUCCAAGCCGCGCAUAACCCGAAUUUCUUCCCCAAGAUCCUGCCUUUUCCACAUAACAUGCUUCAGUGUGCGUAUCAUAUUAACAAUAUAACUCUUAAAUUGCUUAUAACUUGUAAGUAAAACUUGAUUCCUUGAUAUUCAUAUUAUUAAUAAAUCCGCAAAUAUUCCAAAAUGAACUCUUCAAGAACCAGCAGAAAGAAGAAAAAAAAAAGGCCCGAGUUCUAGGCAGAACCAAAAACAUAUAUCUAAGGGUUUGGUCGAAAUGCUUCAGCCAUCUUUGUCACCACCUCAUGAAUGAAACCGCUCUUCUGCGAAUAGAACUCGAAUUCCCUAAGCUGCAAAGCUUUCCACUGCUCCUCGAAUCUCUUCUUAUCCUCUGAGCCAAGCCUGCUCCAACCUUGUUGAGCAGCGAGAUCGUCCACACCAAAACGCGCUAGUGACUUCACAAGAACAGACUUCGCCAAAGCAUCCAGCUCUGCGAUACUCGAUACUUCUCCUUUAUUAGCCACCUCUUCUUCACAUUUCUUACCAUUGGGAGAAGAAGAGACAAGCUCUUGCUUCACAGGCUCAACUUUCUUCGACUUACGGCUCUUCUUCGGCUUCCCAUUAGAUUUCACAGCUGAUUCCAGAGCCAUCCCAUUAGCUCCCCAGAUGAGCUUGGACAGAUCAAAGGCCUUGCGAUCAUGAGGUUUGGAGAAUGUCGGCUCCUCUCCGUUCUUCCCUUUUCCAAGAUUGUUCUCAAACUUUUUCUUCAAGCUCCUGAGCUUCUCCGUGAACUGGGUUUUACUAACAUCAAAGCUAAUGGAUUUCUUCACCAACUGAUAAAACCCAGUCAUGUCAUCGAGAGGGUUUGCACCAGUAUCAGCUUUGCAAUCAAUAAGCCUCUGUAAAACCGCAAUCUCAUCUUCUUCACUCCAAAGCCGCUGAAAGUAGGUCUUCUUCGUCUCUUCGCCUCCACCGCUCUUUUUCUCCUCUUCCCCUGAAACCUUCUUCACUCUCUUCGCUUCCGUCGAGGCUGCCGCUGCGCCAUCCGUCUCGCUCGGUCGCUUCUUGGACGCGGAUUUCGCGGAAGGUUUAGCCUUUUUGGAAUCCUGAUUCCUCGCCACUACCGAAUCCUUGGCUUCGGCGACAGGUUUCGCAACGGAGGGUCGUGGAGCCUUAACCGGGUCUUUUCUCUCGGUUUCACAGUCGGUAUCGGUUUCUUCCUCCGACCCGGACUCGGAAUCGGGAACUUGCUGCUUCUCCGUGGCAGCGAGAGCAGCUCCUGGUUUCUUCGCGGCUGGGAUUUUAGAGGACUCAACAUCAUCUUCUUCAGACGAUGAGUUUCCUUCGACUUCUCCGCCUUCUCCGGUUGAAGACUCCGCCUCGUCUUCGCCGCUUGAUGAAGCCGUCGGCGGAUCGUAAAACGGAUCCAAACGUUUCCCCGACAUCAGAUUUUAGGGUUUUGUGAUUUUUGUCUUGGGAUUUGAAGUUGAGCCUGAAAUUUCCAUUGCGCCUCUUCCCUCAGUUUAUAUAUAUUGAACAAAAAAGAGUCGCUUUGGUUUUCCACUAAUUUAUUUGAUUUCCCUUUUUUUUCUUUCCCGUCCUUAGGAUUUCUUUCCUUUAAAAUGAAAGACCUAAAAAUGUAAUUACCACUAGAUUCGACGGUCAUUUCAUAAUUAUGUAAAUAUAACAUACUAAUGUUCUAUGAA